GUGAUACGUGCGCUGGCUGGGGACAGUUUGAUAAUCAUUUCCGCCUAUUUCUCGCAUAUAUCGCAGUGUUUCUCAAGAGUAGCAAAUUUUGCAUAAAGUGCUAUUUGUAAAUUAAUAAAUACACCCGUAUAAAUGGACCCAAACAGUGUCGGUCGUUCGAGCUGGGCCAUAAACCGCCGGGCGGAGGGUUUAGUGAGUAAACACAUGGCAGAAAUGGCACAGAGACGCUUAGCGGUGCCUGAGGAGGAGGAUAUGAACCCUCUGCCCGGAGACUUGAGAAGGAGCGCAGAAGACAUCCCGGGGCGGGCGGAGGUGAAUUUCAGCGCGGAUUCACAGUCCUACAAUCCUGCAGGAGUGGCAGAAAAGUUAAUGCUAGAGAAUGCAUCUUCAUCUUCAGAGACAGCGGCCCACAAGAAAAUCAUAUCCCUUCUUAUUGAGAUCAAGGAGGAGCAACAGAGGCAGUGGGAAGUUCUGAAAGACCUGCAGGCCAGGAUUCAUGGACAAGUGUGUGAAGAGGAGGACGAACCACUUGACAUAGAUCUGCCACUGAGAACUAUGGAACAGCUUGAUGAAACGGAGCAGCAUUUAGAGGAUACUGAAUCUCAGAGGAGAAUGGUGUCACAUCUCUCAAGGAUGGGCGGAGCCACGGUGGAUGAUGCGGUCCGGCGUCUUAUGCACGCUGUUCUCUCUUUCAGUGUGGGCUCGGAGCUCAACUGGGUUGGCAGAGGACAGAAACGGAGCUUCAGAAACACCAGACUGCAGGGAGUUUUAUUUCGUGCCUUGAAGAGGACACCCGUAGGAAAGGAGGCCACACACCACCAGUUUGCUGAUGUAGUGAAGAAAUGGUUGCGGUUUGCCCCUUUCCGACAAAGAGGAAGUGGGCGAAGACCACACUGGAAACCUGUUGAGUUCAUCUGUCCCAAAUUUGACAGUACUGUGGAGGAUCAUAACCCGCUUAAUCUGGAAUCUGAUGAGAUUCAGGUCACAAUAUAAUUACAUUCAGUG